GCCUCGGAACUCACCCACAAACUGUUCUAGUCUGUGAAAUCAUCUCAUCGGUGGAAGACGGAAACGUUGAAGAUAAUUACAACUAUUUUCAAACACAGGACCACACAGGUUUUUGCUCCCAGUUUUUGUCAGCAAUGGGCAACAGUCUAUCCAUUGUACAAGACCAUGGCUACACAUUAGUGAGUGAAGAAAAGAACAAGAUCCUGGUGAAAAAUGAAGGGGGUGACCUGUUUGUCGUUAAAAAGUUGAGCAAAAAACAGGAUGAAUUAAAAUUUCUCCUCCAGCUCAACCAUCCAUAUAUCGUCCAUUAUGAGGAAAUCAUCACAGAUUCAGACUGUUUGUAUCUGUUGGAGCGCUGCGAAGGUGGAGAUCUUGCUCAGAAAAUUAAAAUAAAUGGAACAGAUAAAUUUUCUGAGAAUGAGAUUCUGGAUUGUAUUGUGAUGAUCUGCAUGGCUUUGAAAUACCUGCAUGAUCAACAGAUCCUGCAUAAAAACGUGCAUCCUGAGAGCAUAUUCUUCACUUCAUUUGGCACCCUCCGUCUUGGCGAGUUUGGAGUAAUUGAUCAAGGGUCCCCUAAAGAGCCAACAUAUUCAUAUCUUGCACCUGAGAUUUGGAAUGGCAAACCUUAUGAGGAGAAAACUGACAUAUGGAUGUUGGGAUGCGUCAUCUAUGAGCUGUGCAUGCUGAAGUGUGCGUUUCCUGCAAUAUUCUCAGUUGAGACUAUUGCAAAAAUAAACAAAUCCUCCUAUGAAGCUCUGCCUCCCACCUUCUCUGAGGAUCUUCGUCAGCUGGUAAAAGACACACUUCAACCUGAUCCAGCAUGCCGUCCAUCUAUCAGUGAGAUCUUGACCAGACCUUUCAUCAUUAAUCACCUUCACGAAAAGACCUUGACAACUAUUGAUACUCUUAAUACAACACUUCAGGUCUUAAGAACCAUAGCUAAUGAUUUGGAAAGAGUCCAUUUCAAUACAACCGUAGGCAGUCUCACGGGAGGUGUAGUGGCACUGGCUGGAGGAAUCACAUCUGUGGCAGGACUUAUUCUCUCUCCGUUCACUCUUGGAGGGUCUCUGAUAUUAACAGGAGUGGGAAUCGGCACUUCAGUAGCUGGAGGAGUAACUGCUGGUACCUGCAACAUAACAAACAUGGUUAACCAGAGCACAAAACGGCAAAAUAUCAAAAUGCUCUUAAAAGAGUUUCAAGAAAAGAUGAACUCCAUAGUAUGCUGCAUCCAAAACAUCCAAAUAGCUGCGGAAACUUUAGAUAAACAGUUUUCCACAACCGAUGAUGGGUUUUCCAACGCACAGCCAGGGGCAAGUGCUGGAGUUCGACUUGGACGAGGACUUGGAGGAAUUCCAGAGAUUUUCCGAGCAAUUCAAGUUGCAAAGGCUGGAAGGGUGGCAGCUCAGGCCGCAAGAGCCGUUCGUGUGGCUGAAACGGCUACAGGAGUUUUGGCUGCACUUUUUGUAGCUGUUGAUGUCUUCUUUGUGUUUCUCGACUCUAAAGAAAUCCACAACAUCCGCCAAGAUAAAGCUUCAAGAGCAAGUCGACAAGCAUCAGCAUCCACCAGCAACCAAAGCACAGAGUCACCUGACCAUACAUCAAAUAACAGCAAUAAAAUAAAUUCACUGGCAGAAGAGCUGAAGUCUGAGACCAUGAAAUUUGUGACAAAAAUAAAGGAGACGACAGAUGACCUUCAGACAAUUCUGGAUGAACUACGAGAUGCAAUGCACCCAAACUCUCCAGUCAUAGACUGAUUAUAGUUGUAGCAAAGGUUAGGUGAUGAUUACUGUAUAUUCUGGGUUUUCAUGAAAAAAAUACCAUAUCAAAUAUUUUAUUGCUAGUUUCAAUAUAGCUUAGAGAAACUUUGUGUAUGGAUAAGACAGUCAAAUUGUUUAGUCAUCUUGUCAAUAUAACACUUUACUCUGGAGGGAUGUUCUGAUGUAAACUAUGGCUAAAGUUUUGAUGACAAUUAUUGUAAAUUGUAGGUUACACCUUGUGUGGGAGGUUGAUUGCAAGAGACUGGACAAAAUUUACAUUUACGCUCUUACUGUUUGUACUGUAAUUCGUUGACAGACCAUCUCAUUGCAAUUACAUAAAGGAAAAGACAGCACACAAAGAAAUCACAAAGAAAUCACAAAGAAAAAAAACAAAAGUGGAAAUGUGAACAUAGGACAAUAUCCUUAGGGAAAACUGUACAUGCAGUGCUAUAGGAAUUACACUGAAGUCUUCCUUUACCUCCUGACCCAGCAAGCAUGUUUGGCUAAAACAAGGCUAAAUUUGGGCUGCCAGUGAAAGUCUAAUAGACGUCUAACCAUAGACCAAGAAAAGAUGAUGCAUACUUUUAGAACAUGUAAAAGAAAUGAAAGCAAACACCUUGACCACCUGUUGAGUUUGCAUACAUGUUGGAAUAUCAUACAUCUUCAAGAUAUUUUGGUAAAAAUGGCAUGUAACUAUAUUCAAGGUUAUUUAGGGUAGAAGUGGGUUUCUCAUAGACGGACUAUAUUGGGUCUUUAGUUAGCCGUCAUUUCAACGUCUGUUAUAGAAAGUCAAGAUUUACUUGGGAGCAAUUUACCAAUUCAGGACAGAUUUAGAAAAAACAUCUAAAAGAAAUGUAUAGAAAUAUGUUUGCCCAAACCCUGUAUUAUGACAACUUGUUCAACCAUUUUGCAUGUAAAGACUUAUACUAUGAACUAAUGCCUAAAUUUUGUGCGGGGUGAGACUAUUCAGCAGAGACAUUCAGCAUAAUACAUUUUGAUCAAUAUGACAUAACCAACUGAUAAUAUAGGAACAGGAGAGAAUUGUACAUAAUCAUUUGCAUGGAUGUACCAAAGCAUUUGCAACUUGUUCAAAGAAAUGAGAAACUGCUUUUUGAUGUGCACAAGUGGCACAAUGAUGUGAGAAUUGAA